GUAAGACAGAAAUGAAAGAGUAAAAAAGUUGAAAAUAUAAUGAAAGAAAGAGGCAGAAAGACUGUGAAUACGUAGGAAUGAAGAAAAAGGAGCGAUAAAAAAGUAAAAGAGUAAAAUACACGACAAAAGAAUCAGAAAAUAAAGAAAAAAGUAAUAAACAAGUGAGACGUUUCUCCUUCAGGAACUGGUUGCAUCUAGUUUCAGCCGUGAAACUAAGUAGAUCCUGAUUGGCCAAUGCUUUGCCAGAGCCCGCCUUUUGUGUCACGCGAUUGGUCCAGCCUGUGAAGCGGUGAUGCGCUUUAAAAACAAAUACACGUGUUUUCUUUCUUACUUCGUGACUGGACACAUAAAAUAAAGUAUGUUUGCGGUGUCGAUACGGUAGAGGUAACGUCGAUACAUCACUGAAGCUGCUGUGGAACCGUCAGAACGAAACGAACACAGAUUCCAUCAGUGCGACACCAGACUGAGACGACAGUGACUACAUGAACAAGUGACGUGACUUUUUUUUUUCAACGUCUUUAAAACAGGUAUCGAAAAGGCGUGUUAGUAAAAUUACAAACAAGUACCGCCUUUAGCGUCGUUAGUCACCGGUUGUUGUGGGAAAUGAAGAUCGUAUAAAAAGCAGCGGGAAUCCCGUCUGAUCAGAGUCUUCUCAGCCGCAUCACGUGGACCAGGAUGAAGGGGAAUCCUCAGGACAUCAUUGCGGAGAAGAGCAGUCUGUGGAUCUUCGGCUACGGAUCCUUGGUGUGGAAGCCUGGCUUCGCUUAUACAAGGAGCAAAAUAGGCUUCAUCAAAGGCUACAAGAGACGCUUCUGGCACGGGGAUGACUUCUACAGAGGGACCAGAGAGGAGCCAGCCAGAGUGGUGACACUGGUGGAGGAUCAGGAAGCAUGCACAUGGGGCGUAGCCUAUAAGGUCGAGAAGUCCCAGAUUGAACAGUCCCUUCAGUACCUGAAUAUGAGAGAGGUUGUGUUGGGAGGCUACAUAACAGAGAUGGUAGAGUUUAUCCCAAAGGAGGAGGACCAGGGUCCACAUCUGGCCCUCGUCUACAUUGCUACGUCUAGCAACCCCAUCUACCUCGGCCCCGCCUCGGAGGCAGACAUUGCCGAACAGAUUGCGGCCUGCAGUGGCAAAGCGGGCCCUAACAUUGAAUACCUGCUCCGCCUGGCAGAGUUCAUGAGGCUGUCCUGCCCCCAGGUGGAGGACCAGCACCUGUUUACCAUCGAAGCAGCACUUUUGAACAUUUUUAGUAAAAGUGAAGGGAUUCAGUCCCUUGAACACAGCACUGUGGUGCCAAUGUAUGCCUAAAAGUCCAACUCAGGAGCUGAUGUCUUUUUUUACCAUUUAGACCCACGACACAUGUUGUGGCACGGGGUACUUUUCUGGGACUGUUUUUCACUCAACACCUUUUCCUUGUAUCUCUUGUUACACGGUGCUCUUAGUUUGACCUUUUUUGACGGUGAAGAGAUUCUGCCCCCCCGG